AUGUCAUGUCUUGCAUCAACGCACCUGCUCAUGGCGGCCAUGGCUUUUGGAGGCAUUCUGGCACUGCCUGAAUCCACUGCCUUGGCAGAGAGGCCUGCUUUACUCGUCUGGCCCGCACAACGACUCUUAUGCCAUACAGUAGCACAAAUGAAGUCACAUACACACCUGCAAAUUAGGGUCGACUGGGUUGGUGGUAGACAAAACGAAAAUGCUGUCUCCCCUCUUGCAAAAGGGGACGAGCUGAGCCACAAAGUAAAAAUAAACUCAAACAGACAAGGAACGAAGACCGAAUUCGUGCGGUCUUAG